AUGACUCUCUCAGAAAAGUACAAGUACCAUGGGACAUGGCAGUUAUUGACCCAACAUGACUUGGUGGAUGGGAAGGUGAUCCUGGAAGGCCUGCAGAGAUAUGGCCCCACACCAAUCUAUCUGCCUGUCAGCUACAGGAUCCUCAAUGCUGAGUCGGCAUUCUUCCUACAGGAGGCCAAUCAGGACAUAAUGAGAAACUCCAGCCUGCAGGCUCGCACAGAGUCCUUCUUCAUCCACCAGGCCCGACAGAUGCCCUUUAUCAACGCCAGCUACGGGCCACUGUCUGUCCAGCAGCCCGUUCCUCUGGAGCUGCUGCAGACCCUGCCAGGGCCGUUCAACACGCCGUCCCUCCCUUCAUCCUCAGAGCCGACAUCUGCAUCAUUAUCGUCACCUCUUUUUACUUUUAACUGGAAGGUGCACACCUACAUCAUCAGUGAGAGGAUUUACCCCAGCUGGCCAAAGGUUCAGGUGUUGUUCUACAUCGCAGGGAGGGACUGGGAUGACUACAGCGCCAUCCACAAGCUGCCCUGUGUCAGGAUGUUUGCAUUUCAUGAGACUCAGGAAGUUCGAGGAACAUGUAGGCUGAAAGGUGAGCUUGGGAUUUGUGUAGCGGAGCUGGAGCCCCUGGCAAGCUGGUUCAGUCCACCCACCGUCAGGCCAGGCAGGCAGAGGGUCACGGAGCAGGCCCAGGGCACAAAGGUGGAGCUCUACUACAUGGUUCAAACCACUGACAGCGGAGACUGCAGCUCAGAGGAUUCCAGAAAGAGCACCACCGUCCGCACUGAUGAGCAGAGGCCGAUGGGAUAUUUUGCAGGUCACACGCCUAUGCAGCGCAUUGGGAGUGUCCGGCUGUUUCAGCCGCUGUCUGAGCUAAAGCUCGACAAUAACUUUGUGGUGAUGGCACCAUCCAAACCAAUCCGUCAGAGAGAAACCCUCUCUGCUUUUCUGGCUCUGUCCACACUUUCUUCAGUGCAAAUUUUCACUCUCAGAGUGAAACUGAAGGAUGGUGUGGCUUUCCUAGGAGCCAGAGCCAGUAACCCUGUUGUGUGGACGGUGAGCCAGGAUGUCAGAAGUGAAGGUCACAGGAUUGUCACCCUUCACUGUCGGAGGAAGGAGAAUAGCUUCAGUCAAAGGGUGCAGGCAGCAGGAUACCAGCGGGUGCUGCAGGUGGACCUGGAGGUCAACGGGCUAAUGAUGAAUCAUGGAGGACGGGAGGUGACGUGGCAGGUGGAGUACCCCCUUACCCGGUCCUUGACCAGCGAGGUGCCAACAAUCAUCCGCCUGGCACCGCAGGACCUGGGUGGCAUCGUUCCAUUAGCCAUGGACACGGAGAUCCUUAACACAGCAGUCCUGACUGGGCGUACUGUCGCUGUCCCAGUAAAAGUGGUCACUGUGGGCACUGAUGGCGCAGUCUCUGAUGUAACAGAGUCAGUGGAGUGCAAGUCAACAGAUGAACAGGUUAUCAAGGUGUCAGAGCGAUGUGACUAUGUGUAUGUCAAUGGGAAGGAGACAAAAGGAAAGAGCCAAGUGAUGCUCAACUUUACCUACAGUUUUCUGAGCGCCCAGCUGGAGAUGAGCGUGUGGAUGCCCCGGCUGCCCUUGCUCAUUGACAUUGCUGACCCUGAACUCAGUCAGAUAAAGGGCUGGAGGGUCCCUGUCAAUGUGGGCAACAGAAGGUAUGAGCGGGUGACUGAUGAUAAAGAUGAAGACGAUGCAGCAGAUGGGAGGACAGACAGCAGCUGUGUGGCUCAGUAUCAAAGCACCACCCUACGCGUCCUCACACACUUUGUGGUGGAUACCGGAGAAGUUAAAGGGGCCGUGGAGGAGGAUGGGCUGGGCCAGCAGAACUUCCUGCUGGGUAGUGACUGGCAGGUGGAGGUGACACAACUGGUCAGGGAUUCUCUGAGAGUGGCAGACCCUAAAGUUGCACAGCUGCUGGAUGGUCAAGUCGUGAUUGGAGUGAGCGCUGGAAGCACAAAAAUACAGGUGGUGUCCCCCUUUACAUCUACAGUCCUGGCUGAGAGGAGCAUCAGAGUGCUGGAGGAUAAAGUGAGUGUGACAGAGCUGGGGGUGCAGUUGGUGUCCGGGCUCUCCCUGACCCUGCAGCUCAGCCCAGGGAGCAACAAGGCCAUUGUCGCUACUGCAACCACACAAGAAGUCAUUCAAUCAGUCACACAGGAGUCCCUCAUCAGUGCUUGGCUCCAGUUCAGCGAUGGAUCCAUGACUCCACUCGACAACUACAACCCUGCCCAUUUCAACCUGAAAGCCACCUCUUUGAAUGAAAAGGUGGUGUCAGUGCAGCGUAGUGCAAGGUGGAAGUGGCCAAUUGUUGUUGCAAAGGGUGAAGGUCAAGGCUUGCUUAUGCGUGUUGAAAUGAGCCAAUCAGUGGCGUGCCAGAAGGGAAGACAACAGACUCUUUUAGCCACUGGAAUGGCAAACAUACAAGUAAGGUUCAGUCAGACAGAGGACCAGUACAGACAGCCAGGAGACCGACGAACACGUCCUGAUCCUCCAUAUUAUGGUGGAUCUAUCUCCGACAUGGAGACAGGAAUAUUAAACCGCGGAGCUACCACCAUCAAGGGUCAUGUCCCUGUGAGAUCUAACGGAGGCCGUCAAACGGUGGAAGGUGGGGCAAGUGUCCCAAGUGAAUUCUCUGAGUAUCCAGACCAGGCAGAGCUGCCUCGGAGUCGCAGCACUGAUGAUGACUUCUUACCGUCCAGACGAGGCCUAACAGACCUGGAGAUUGGAAUGUACGCCCUGCUGGGAGUCUUCUGCUUGGCCAUCCUGGUUUUUCUCAUUAACUGCAUCUCUUAUGCAUACAAGUACCGCAGCAAGCACAUAUCCUUAGAGACCCCAGAGGCAAUGCCCCAUGCCCAUGACUGGGUGUGGCUGGGUCAAGAGGAGGGGCUUUGUCUGCAGCAGCAGCAGGAUGAGCUGGGCGGUACUUUGGAAGAAGGAAGUCAAUUAUUGAAUGGAGGCAUACAGCGUGGUAAUACUGGUAUGGGUGGCUGUAGUGGGAGGGAUCACAGAAAUGAAUCCCUAAAUUCCCCAACCACCAAGAGAAAGAGGGUGAAGUUCACCACCUUUUCUAAUGCCAAGUCCAGUAAUGGAUGUCCAGUGCUCAGCCCGUUAGCGCUAGUGCAGACCAGUGAGAUCAAAUGGGUUUGUCCGGACAUCGAGCUGGGGGACUCGAAGGAUCUUAGGAACUACAUGGAAAAGCUGAAUGAGAAUGCAAUUAAGAACAUCGCAUAG